AUGCACACCUCCCUCCUAGCCCUCUCCGCCCUCCUGGGCGCAGCCCACGCCCGCAGCGGCCAGAGCAUCCUCUACUCGCCCGACGACUACGAGUUCGACCCGCUUGAGCAUCUCGCCGGCAUCGCGCCCUACUUUUCGCCCCAGGACCCGCCGCUCGACCCCGCCCCUCCGCAGGGCUGCAACGUGACGCGCGCAGCGUACCUGGUCCGCCAUGCUGCCAUCUACGCCAACGAUUUCGACUACGAGUCGUAUAUCGAGCCCUUCACCGAGAAGCUCGCCAACACCUCGGCCGACUUCUCGUCCUCGCAGGCCCUGUCCUUCCUUUCCACCUGGCAGGAUCCCAUCGUCGAGGACCGCGACAUGGAGCAGCUGACCAAGAUCGGCACGCUGGAAGCCAUGUCGCUGGGCGUCGAGCUGUCGCGGCGCUACCCGGGCUUCGGCACCCCCAAGAAGGUGUGGACGUCGACGGCUGAGCGCACCGUCAAGAGCGCCCAAGCCCUGAUCAGCGGCUUGGAUCGCACCAGCAACAUGAGCGCCCUCCAGCAGGUUCCCGAGGAAGAGACCUCUGGUGCCGACAGCCUGACCCCGUACAAGGCCUGCCCGGCCUACAGCUCCUCGCGCGGCAGCGAGCAGUCCUCUGCCUUCCAGAAGAAGUACACCGCCCCCAUCAUCGCGCGCUUCAAGGCCGCAGUCCCGGGCUUCAACUGGACCGCCUCGGACAUCUACGGCAUGCAGCAGCUCUGCGGCUACGAGUCCGUGAUCCGCGGCACCUCGCCCUUCUGCUCGCUCGCCCUCUUCAGCCCGGACGACUGGCUCGCGUUCGAGUACACCAACGACCUGAUGUACCACCACAACACGGGCUACGGCAACCCGGCCGCGGGCGCCAUCGGCUACCCCUGGCUCAACGCCACCGCCGCCUCGCUCGCCAGCGCGUCCAACGCCUCGGGCGACGCGCAGAGCCUCUACGUCUCCUUCACCCACCGCGAGCUGCCGCCGACGGUGCUCGUCGCCAUGGGCCUCUUCAACGGCUCCGCCUUCACCGGCGCCAACGACCCCAACGCCACCAUGCCCGCCGACGCCGUCAACCACCGCCGCGCCUGGAAGAGCUCCCACAUCCUGCCCUUCCUCACCAACAUCGCCGUCGAGAAGAUGUCGUGCGACAGCUACGGCUACGAAGGCGGCGCCGGCACCGACUACUACCGCGCCCUCGUCAACAGCAGCCCCCAGCCGCUGCCCGGCUGCGUCGACGGGCCCGGCGAGAGCUGCGCCGCCGCCAGCUUCGAGAAGUGGGUGCAGGACCGCGCGCUGGUCGUCGGCGGCUUCAAGGAGACCUGUGGCGACGACAGCGGGUCCGAGGAGCUGUCCAUCUACAACGCGGACUGA